UAUGAUUUCUAGCAGUUUUUUGUUUGCUUGCUGGUCUCUCAUUUUCUUAUCAGUUUUCUUUACAUUCUUAGAAUUUUGUCUCGGUAAAGCGGACCACGCACGCAAUGCGAUAAAAGCUCCUCAAAACGCACACAGUGCAGCAGAGAAGACAAAAAAAUAUUUUGAGGAAAAUUCGAAGCAAGGAUGGUUGUUCACACGCAGGAACUCCUGGAGGUUGCGUCAAAGUUGGCGGAUCAGGAGAAUAUGAGGGCAACUGUCAAGGGUAGUGCUAAAGGUGCCCUUGUGUGUGGUGCUGGAGCCUUUAUUGGGGGAAUUUUGGGGGGUCCAGUCGGGCUAGCUGUGGGUGGAACAGCAGGAGCAUGCACAGCAGCCUACAUGGCCAAAGGCAAAUUCCGCCCUGUUAGUCAAAUAAUAAUGCAUGAUAUGACACUGAGGCAACGGCAGGAGCUUGCUGAUCAUCUUCAGCGAGCAAUUCAGGAUAUUGACGCGGGUGACGUCAUGAUUGCCAUUUCCUUGGUGAUGGGCAAUCCAAACAUGCAGAAGGCCAUCCUUAGCACCGUGGCGCGGUACAUUACAAAUCAAAUGCAUCUCCAAGUAAUUGAUUAAGGAGAAACUUUGUUCUAGACUCUAGCUAGAAGUUCUCUUAUUGGGGAACUUCAUUUUGUGGUGCCUUUUGCAUGUCUCUCUAAGAUAAGAAAAAAAGUGAAUAUGAUUUUUUUAUUUAGAAAAAAUUUACAAAAUUCUGUAAUUUUUAUUGGAGAUUAUAGGGAAGUUUUGUAGUUAAUUUAAAGAAUAAAUUUGUUGAUUUCUAUAAAA